AUGGACAGAUACACCUCUGUGAUGCUUGACCGUCCUCCUGCUAUCCCGGACAGAGACAUUGAAAUUGGACUUCCCGCCAACGCUGACGACGAGGUACUCGACAUCGCUAGCACAUCAGGUGCGUUCCCCGAUUUGGAAUCUUUCCAUCGAACGUGCGCUCCACAGGCCGAUCCAGCCGAUACUACAGAAAUGUCGGUCUUCUUAAUGUGCCUACGACUUCGUAAGAUCACUUCAAAGAUACAUGCCAAGUUUCAGCAAAACAGCAGUACGGGUGCCGGACGCGAGACGUCACACAUCGCUCUAGCAACCGCCAGCGGAACGAUCUACGCGGAUCUUGACCAGCUACUGCUGGAGCUAGAACAUUGGCGACGCUUGGCUCCUGUCUUUCAUAGCCCCAAGUGCUUAUAUGAAAGACAGGAAUGGUACGAUCUGCUUCUUAUGCGGGAGAAGCUACUUCUCAUACGUAAAGCGAUUGACCUCGUGCCUAAGCGAAAUAAUGCACCGCCGCGAGACCUUCUCUGCAUCUGUCUCGAGUAUAGCGUUGGAACUAUCAAGACCUUUUGCGCCCUGUUUGAUAGGCAGCUGGUGACGUAUACUCGCAGUUAUUUCCAGACUCUUUUUACGGCGGGUUUGUCUGUGAUGUUUUGCGUCUCCGUGGCAGCAGAUCUUGAUUGUCCGACCCUGGUACAGGCGACUGAAGCCGUGAGCCACGCCGAGAAGACGUUGAAACAGAUGGUACAAGAGCUUCCGGAUGCCAUUCACUACGUCGCUCUGUACGAGGCAUUGCGUGUAGACAUUUUGCGCAAGCUGGGGAACUUCCAACGGCUCGACGCAGUCUCCGGUACCAACCAGGCCGAGCAACCCUAUUCCCCUGGUGCUACAUCUCAAACGAGAGAGAUGCAUUGCCGAUAUCUAUCAGGUUCUGAUAUCCUUCGGCCAGCUCCCGGUAUCCAAGAGACAGCUGCCGACCGUAACCAUCAGUGGCCGGUGCUUACACACAAUGAGGCAGAAAAUCAGAUGCUUUCCAUGCAACCUCAGGAAGCUACGAUGGAGAACCCAUUGCUAUCGUGGGACAUCUUCGGCGAUAACAUCUUCUGGAGCAUCGAGGCCGACAUGUUGGGAGAAUACGUGUAUGGACAUUCAGGCGCUGCCCCGUUCCUGUAUGACGAUUCUACCUCCAAUUCCUCCAAUACCAAUGGGCUUUCCCGCUUUGAUACCGGCAUUGAUAACCUUUGCAACCGCAUCCUGGUACAACGGGCUAUCGUACUUCCCCGGGACGCCGAGGUCCGCACACAGAUCGUUCGAGCCCACCAGGACCCCAUCGACACCCUCCACCGCAAAGAUGUCCUCGGCCAGCUCAACCGCUGCCGGCGUCUCAAUCAUAGGAAUAAGCAUGUGGGACUUGGAUGGCGACCGGACGACGGGCGAUACGCCGGCGUAGUUGCAGGCGAGAAUGAGCUGAGACACCGUGCGCAUGUCGAGGCCGGAGUGUUCCAUGUCGAUGAACACGGCGUGGAUGCCGGCCAUCUUGCACAUCAUGGGCAUUUCAUUGCCGGUGAAGAAUUUGAUGGACAUGAGAGGGGUGAUUUGGCCAUUAAGGAUUCUGGUUCGGAAGGGGUUUGA